ACUGCUCUCUGAUGGGUUUUCAGCGUGCAGUAAGCGACCCUCUGGUUGGCUAAGUGUGCUGUCGGGUUUAGAGGAGGCUGUGUGUUGGAGGAGUAACUGAGAGCUGGCCAGAGAGACAUAGGUGUACAAAAAUGGACGGGCACGAAGGGGAUCUGGUUAUAAACAAAAAGUUUGUAACAGAAUCUGAAUUGGAGGAAAAAAGGAAGAUAAGGCAGGAAGAAUGGGAAAAAGUGCGGAAACCAGAGGACCCAGAAGAGUGUCCAGAGGAAGUGUAUGACCCUCGAUCCCUAUAUGAAAAACUUCAGGAGCAGAAAGAUAAGAAACAGCAGGAUUAUGAAGAACAGUUUAAAUUCAAAAAUAUGGUGCGCGGCUUAGAUGAAGAUGAAACAAAGUUUCUGGAUGAAGUUUCAAGGAAACAGGAGUUGCUGGAAAAGCAAAGGAGAGACGAAGAACUGAAAGAGUUAAAUGAAUUUAGAAAUGCCCGUACAGUAGCAGCCUCGUCCACGGAACACAAGCGGGAGGCCGAGAAGAAGGCUGCGGUGAAACCCGCCGACGGCAAAAAUAAGUUUUCUCAGUCAAAGUUGCUAGCUGGAGCCGUGCGGCACAGGAGUAUUUCCGAAAGGCCUGGUGCAAAGAAACUGAAACUUGAACAGGAUCAUGACAAGUUAAAAGAGAGCCAUUCUAGCUCCAUCGGAAGUAGCUCGAUCACCAGUUCUCAGCUUCAUUGUCCCCCGGCGUCCAUCUGCAUCGGGAUCUUACCCGGCCUGGGAGCCUACUCAGGGAGCAGUGACUCCGAGUCCAGCUCAGACAGCGAAGCCACAAUAAACAACAUGGGAAAGAUUGUCUCCUCUGUCUUCCGCUCAGGCACUUUCCUGGACGCCCCUUAGUCUGCAACCAGAGACCACAGAACAUUUACUGAUCAAUAAACACAGAAGUGGAAUCGCGUGUACGUAGAACAUGGACCCAACCUCGGAACACAAACUUCAGAGUAUUUUGUUUUAUUACCCAUGUUAACAAAUACCUUUUUUGUGCAGUGUAUUUUUAAGCUUGAAUGCUUAUUAAAGCAAUCAAACUUGGUAAUCCAA